ACUAAGCACAAGCAUAGGAGUCCAAGUGCAAAGCAUCUUUGUUUUUGCAAUGAAGGGGGGUACGGUGCCUAGAUGGCUAGAGCUACUGCUUGCAACACAGUUCUUUGCAAUAUGCACCAACCAUCUCUCCUCUACUCGCAAUGAGUGUAACCUGUUCUGCAUAGAUUGUGAGGAAUCAAAGGCCGCCUUCUGCUAUUAUUGCCGUUCACGCCAUCAUUCCACCCAUCGGGUAAUCCAGAUAAGGCGGUCCUCAUACCAUGAUGUGGUCAGGGUUUCUGAGUUAAAAGAUGUACUUGAUAUCAGUGAUGUACAAACGUAUGUGAUCAAUAGUGCAACAGUUGUAUUUCUUAAUGAGCGCCCACAACAACGUGGUUGUGGUGUUUCUGCAAUCAAGGCAUCAUCAUCAUCAUACAAUUGCGAGAGUUGCAAUCGUGCUCUUCUUGACCCAUUCCGCUUCUGCUCCCUGGGUUGUAACCUCAAAGGAAUCAAAGAGGAUAUGAGGACAAGCUUUCCGACUAGAGAUAUUAUUGACUAUAGCAGAAAGGAUGACGAUACAGAUUGCAGUAACACAAGUGGAAAUAGUGGAAACAAUGAAGAGAGUUGCAGCGAUGCAGAUUAUUGCAAGGAAAAACCAUCUCCACCAAGGGUUAUUCGUCACCGCCGGAAGGGGAUCCCUCGGCGUGCACCUUUUUAUUGAGAGAAAGUUGUUAUGAAUAAUUUGCUGGCACCAUAGCAAAUGAAUUGGAAUAAAUAGUUUUAUUGAAGAUCAUAUAUAUGUAAGGUAUCGAAUAUAUUAAUAAAUUACAGCUUGUUAUCUGCA